UAUUUAUUAUGAUAAAAUCUGUAAAGUGUAUAAAAUGUUUAUAGGAUGUAAAGGAGAAUGCAUCUUAUAAAGCAAAAUGUGGUCAUCUAUAUUGCAAUAAAUGUAUUGAUCAAAUAACAGCAGAAGGAGGUGCAAAUUGUUUAGAUAAAUAAUGUUCUUAUUUCCUAAACAUAUCUGAUUUAAUGAAUAGACAAUUCUAAAAAUUAUCUGGUAGUAAUUAAAUGGUGUUUGGAAAAUAGGUAUAAAUGUUUUCAGGAGAUCCUAAAAAGAUGAGUAAAAUAAAUUUAUUAUUAUAGCAUCACCAUCCCAAUAGAAUAAAGCAACUGUUAAAUAGAAUAAUUAAAAUACUAAUACACCUAUUAAACAAUAGAAGAAUACUUAGCCUAGAUAAUCAUUUUAAGAUCGAUCUCCAAUUCCAAUACAAAACAAAUCAAAAUCUUAAAUGUAGAAAUAAACUGAUAGGGUUUUGAAAUAGUAAUUAAGUACAUAGAUGAUUCAAUAGUAAUAAUAAUAAAAUAAUAAAGAUAAUAAACUUAAGUACAUCAAUAAAAGUAGCCAUAAUAAAAUUUGCAAUCACCAAAACAAUAAUAAUAAAAAGUAGGUUUGUAAUUACCUAAACAAUAGAUACAAUAGAAUAUUUAAAAUUAAAUACAAAAAUAAGAAGUUAAAAUUAAUAUUGAAGAUAAAAUGACUGAAUCUAUCUCUUAUAAAUGUGAUUAUUGUAAUUCAAAUAAUAGUGGAUUAUUUCAUAAUGAAAUCUGUGAUCAUAGAUUAUGUUAUCAUUGUAUUUCAAAAUAUUAUGAUGAUUAUUGUGUUUGUUUUGUUAAAGAUUGUGGAUGGUAAAUUAAUUAAGAAUAAUUAAAUGAUUUUAUGUUAACAUAUGUUAAAUUUCAAUUAGGAGAAGUUGAAGAACUUAAACUAAAAAGAUAAUAAUCUUCAACUGAUUAAUAAGAUAUUUUAGUGAGUAAAUUUUAAUUUGAAGAAGUAACAUUAUAACAUAUGUAAAUUUCUAAUAUGAAUGAAUUUAUUAAAACUUUUGAUGAACUUAAAAUUAAAGAAAAAAAUUAUAUUGAUCUUAGAUUCGGUCCUAAUGAAAAAAGUGUAGGUUCUAAUUAUUGUGUUAGUUGGGAAAGAUUAUAUUCAAUAUUCAAUGGAGAUUACUAAUUUUUUGCUAAAGCCAAUGAUAAUAAAAGAUUUGGUUUAGGAAAAUAUAUUGGUCCUCAAGAUAUUAUUCAAGGAUCAUUAGGAAAUUGUUAUUUAUUAGCAUCAAUAUCUGCAUUAGGAAAUAGAAGACCUGAUUUAUUAUUAGAUGUAUUUAUAACAAGAGCUAUAAAUGAAUAAGGAAUAUAUUGUGUUAGAUUAUGUAUAGAUGGAUUAUGGAAAGCCAUAUAUGUAGAUGAUUAUUUUCCAGUUUAUCCAAAUUUAUGUCCUGUAUUUACUAAAGCAAAGAAUAAUGCUAUUUGGGUUAUGAUAUUAGAAAAAGCUUGGGCUAAAUUAUUUGGAUCAUAUUAAAAUAGUUCAUCAGGUUCAAUGUAAGAAGUAUUAAGAGCUUUAACAGGAGCACCAACAGAAGUUAUUUGGACUUAAUCACCUGAUUUUAUACAUCAAUUAAGAAAAUGUUUAGCUAAUAAAGUUAUUAUGGUAGCAGCUACAUAAAAUAGUGAUGUUUAACCUAUUACAUAAGGUUUAGUACCUAAUCAUGCUUAUUCUGUUCUUAAAAUAAAAUAAAUCAAUCAUCCAAAAAAAGGAUAAGUUGAACUUAUUAAAUUAAGAAAUCCUUGGGGAAAAAAAGAAUGGACUGGUGAUUGGGGAUAAGAUAGUUCAUUAUGGACUCCUUAAUUAAGAUAAGAACUUAAAUUAGAUAAUGAAGAUUCUGGUGUAUUUUAUAUGGAUAUUGGAUCAUUUAUUUAGUAAUUUAGAGAUAUACAUACUUGUCAUGUUAAAUAAAAUUAUUAAUAUUCUGCUACUUAAAUAAAAUCAAAUAAAAAAAGAGCUGUCUAUUAUUCAUUUAAUAUUAGUAAGGAAGGAGAUUAUUAUAUUACAAUGAAUUAAAGAAAUUAAAGAUGGACAGGAAAUCCAAAAUAUAGUUAUUCUAAAUUACUUAUUUGCAAAAAAGAAGAUAAUAAUACUUAUACUUAUAUCAAUGGUAAAUUUACUUAAUUUGGAGAAGUAUGGUGUAAAUGCACUUUUACUAAAGGAGAAUAUAUAAUUUUUGCUAAAGUAAUUUGGGAACAUCAUUAAGACUUUUUUUUUGUAAUUUCCUCAUAUGGAGUAGAAAAAUUAGAAUUUAAAUAAGUGAAAAAGAUUCCUAAUAUGCUUGCAAGUGCGUUUAUUAAAAAAGGACUUGUAUAAUAACCUAAAAGAAGUUAUGAUACUAUGGGAUAACCCAAAAUUUAAAGUUGUUAUAAUUUAGAUAGAUUAGAUGGAUGGGGUUAUUAUUUUAUUGAUAAUUAAUCUAAUGUUAAAUUAAUAAGCAAAAUAUCAUUUCAUAAAUUUUAUGGUCUUAAAUUUUGUAAGCCUUACAGAGGUGUCACACUCAAUAUUGAAUUACCUCCUGGAAAAUAAUUUAUUGCUCUUAUCAAAGUUUUAUCAGGUUAUGAAAUAGAAUUUACUUAAAAGGUUCAAUUUUAAUAAUGA